AUUUAUGGAGUUUUAAUCAAAUAAUUAUUCAAACUCGCUCGAUAUAUUUAAUUAAAACAUUAAUUAAUCGAGUAAAUAUAUUUAUGGAAGAGGGGCAUGAGUCGACGGAGGGGGGCGGCGGGGGGAUGAGGCCGCGGAAGAGCACGGGGAAGAGGACGGAGGUGGCGGCGGCGGCGGUUGGGAUACAAUCCCCGUGCGGCGCGUGCAAGUUCCUGAGGAGGAAGUGCGUGAGCGGGUGCAUAUUCGCACCGCACUUCGGGUCGGACCAGGGGGCGGCCCGGUUCGCGGCGGUCCACAAGGUGUUCGGGGCCAGCAAUGUGUCGAAGCUCCUCCUCCACAUUCCGGCCAACCGCCGCCACGACGCCGUCGUCACCAUUUCUUACGAGGCUCAGGCCAGGCUCUCCGACCCCGUCUACGGUUGCGUCUCUACCAUUCUAGCCUUGCAGCAACAGGUUUUAUUAAUUAAUUAAUUAAUUAACCACUCCCUAAUUACUACGGAGUAAUUUUUUAUUUUCAUCCCUUCCUCGCCAUAAUAUAAAAUAACCUUUUCUCUUUUCACAACAAAUUAAAACAUUUAUAAAAAUAUGUAAUUUAAUACUCCAUUUGUCCCGUACCUUUUUCUUUA